AUCACGCAGCGGCUCCUGGGCUCGCUGGGCGCCUGCGCGCCGCGCGCGCGCGCCGCGGCGUCCCGGGUGCCGCUCCUCGCUCAGAUGCCCGCCUCGUCGUCGGCGACCCCAGCGGCGUCCUCGAGGCAGGUCAAGGCCGAGGCAGAGGACAGUGACGACGACGUCAUCGCUCCGAUGACGCGGUUCAGCUCCAGCAGGAGGAUGCUGCUGACCUCCACCAUAAGUUUCAUCCAGCAGAGCAUUCGGCCUGACCCCGAGGCCGACGAGCAGUUUCCCAACAGGGAGCUCUUCAGAGCCUUUCAGGAGGCCCAGUAUCACGAGAACAAGGCGUGGGGCCAGUUCAUAGAGCCGUUCCGGCACACUCUACAGGAUGUGUCGCCCGUCCACGUGGCCGAUUUCAUCUUGAAGAUGCUGCACUUGGGCGACUUCGAUGUCUGCGAAUUCAUCAUAAGCGUCCUUUACAUCGAGAAGUUCCGGAAGAGCACCGGGCUCGCGCUGUACGCCAGCAUGUGGCGGCCGCUCUUCCUGGUGGCCUUGCUGCUGGCCGACAAGAUGUGGGAGGACAAGUCGGUGAAGAACUCAUCGAUGACGAUGCUGUUCCCGGUGCUGACGUGUUCGGAGCUGAACGACCUCGAGAUGAUGUUUGUGAAGUGGCUCGGCUUCACAGCCUGGCUCACGCGAAGGGAGUUCCGGCGGUUCUGCGAGGGCCUGCUGCUGUCCGGGGGCGCCGCGCCCGAGAUCAUGACCCAAGUCUGCGAGUCGCCGUACCUGGUGUCGCUGCAGG